UCUGGGUUUCUGCACUCCUUUACUCAGUUGCUCAAAGAGAAAGCAGCUCUGGAGAAACACUGCCCACCAAGCAACUCAUCCUCGCCGAGUUGGAGGGCUACGCUUGGAGCAGAGAAACACCAGACAUCCACCAGAGAAACAAAGAGACAAGAUGUCGAGCUACGUGUAUUCUGACUGCCGACGUGUCAGCCCCUCUGUCCAUGGCAACAAGUUUGACACCGCGCACCGUAAGAAGGCCGUGGCCAACAUUUUCGAGAACGUCAACCAAGACGCGGUGAUGAGACUCUUUAAGAAAACGGGCGACAUGAAGGCGGAGGAGAGAGUGAGGAGCAUCUUCUCCUACAGCCAGGACCCGGAGGAGACAGCCCGGGCCCUGAUGGCUCUGAAGCAGCGGAAGAAGGACAAAUUCCUGCGGAUCGCAGGGAUGGUCCGACAGCUGCUCAAACUGCGCUGACUGUUUACCAGGCUUUCACCGCCUGUGUCUCGCUGUCGGCUCAUUUGUGGGCCGAUUGUGAAAACCGUUGUGACUGGAUUACCUCGGAAGAUGCAACUCACUUGUCACCUGCAAAGAAGUGCCAGGUGCCAAGGGACAUGUGUAUCCAGUCGUCUGCAGGGCAUCAGGCAGCAGCCGUCGCCUCGUGGACUGAGCAAACAGCGGAGGGUCCUGCCUGGAGCGAAGGAGCCUGAUGAACUGAGUGGGGCUAUGAAGGCCAUACACGCCUUCCCAGAGACUUGAAUCCAGUAUUGCAUUACUGUGUAUGCGUGACUGUGAAGCAGCAUCUUGUACAGGUGCACACGGCUGUGUUGAUGCUGGUGCACAACUGCAGUAUGAGACUUUAUAGUGUGUAGAACUUGCAGACAUGAAUGCCUGCCCUGAACACAUGUCUUGUCUCUCAACUUCGUUUUAUUAUAUGAGCACUACUCAGUAGUGGCCACUGAUGUGUUAUUGUCACAAAAAAGCACAAUGAUUUGCACAUUUCCUUAUUUGUAAUUUUAAUAAAUUAUUCCAA